GGAUAGUCAGGUCACCGAAAGAUACCUAGUUACACCUGUUACGUGGAACCCUUAUCGUACUCAAUAUUUGACAUGUGAGGUGCUAAAAUUAAUUUUUAAUUUCUUUAGUUUUUAACAUCACACGAAAAUGUGGCGGUAUUGUACGUUAUUAUUGUGUUUUUUUGUUGUUUCUAUUGAAAGUCAAGGAUUGGCGGCUACGACAACUGUUAAAUGCGGUGAAAAAGUAUGUAACUUGUAUGAAUACUGUUCGAAAUUUGACGGAUCGUGUCAAUUAUGUAGUGAUAUUUGCAAUAGUACCCAUCAUAAUUUCGAUAAGUAUCAAUGCGAAGAAAGAUGUCAAACUUACUUACACGAUAUUCGAUAUGUGAAACUAGAUGGUGGUGUAUCUGGAAACGAAGACCUCAAAGCAACCGUAAAGCAGCUUUCGAAUAUGGUAACAGUAACUCUGACAUUAGUAUGUCUUCUGCUAGUGGUUCUUGCGUUUUUCCUCUGUUUCCAGUUCUACAGAUGGAAAGAAAAAAAGAACAUAACAUUCGCAUCUCUAAAGGAUAAACUUUUUGGAAAAAAGACCGGUGACGUGAAUACAGCAGCAACAAACAACGUACCUGAACCGUCGUUUAAGAAGGGGGGAGAUCUAAGACUGGACAUCACGUCCAACGCAUCACAUUCAGAUCAUAGUCCUGUCACUUUAUCCACAUCUAUCAGCAGACGUCCAGCUGAAGACAGCACACUUGAUUACGCUUACGACAACCACGGUAUGACUCCUGCAUCACGGUGAAACAGUCCAUAGUUUCUAAAUCUUAAAAUAUACGUUAAGAAGCCGAACGGGAACUCCUUCGAUAUGGAUUCACCUAAAUUUAUAAGCAAUAACAAUGAUGAUAUUAAUCUCAAAAUAAUUUUGAACUGUUGACGCAAUCCUUUGUAAUUUUUUUUUGUAUAAAUCCAUAUUAAAACAUUGCGCAUUUUAUACCUCUACGAAGAAAACGAAUUCGCCCGUGAAAAGGCGGCGGUAGUUGUGGUGAAAUAUCUCACAAUAUCCAUGCAGACCCGACCUGUUCGAACCAUCACAUGUAGGUUUCAGUUGUUUUAAUAUCGAACUUUCUUUCAAAGGUUUUAUUCUAUUUUUUGUUUCCGCUUUUAUGAAAUGAACCCUUUUUAUAGUGUGCUCCUUCUCCUCUUGUGAAAACUUUUUCCUAUGUACUGGUAAAGUUGCUGGUGGUCGCCGUGCAGAAAGCAGGUCGGAGCUGUAGUAGUUUUUUCCUGGUCCGUUCAAGAGUAUAAUAUGCGCGAUCCUUAAUGUAAUGUCACUUAUAAAUUAUUCAUUUUUUUAUAAAAAAUUAAUUUUUGUUGAUGGAGAUUUAUUGAUAAUUUCGUAUUUAUAUCAUAGUAAAUGAAUAAAACAGAAUCAAGACAAAUUCAUACGUACCCUGCACACCAGAGAGCGUUGGUAGUUCGAUUUCGAUAAAAUCUCCUAGUCAGCGACUGUAGAUUGUUGUUAUAAAAAUUUGAUGAAAACCGCCCAUAUAUAUGUUCAAAAUAAGCACAAAAUUCAAAAAAUAUUCAAUUUUGUAUUUAAAAGAAUACAAUUUAUCUACAUUUAUUUAAAAAGAUCCACUACAAAAGUGGAAUUUUUGCUCAGGUGCUUUCCAAAGUUAUUUAUGCAAAAAUUUUGACUUUUAACUCUUUUAAAAAUCUAUCGAGGUAACUGGAUUACAUUUAAAGUUAUUUAAAUUUGAAAAUUCUAUACCUAUAUCAAUUUCGAAGUUUUUAUUCAAAAUUUUCGGAAAUUUUCUGGGGCUGCUGUUUUUUAUAAAACGGAUAAUAUUAAGUAUAAUAUUUAGUUAUGGUGUAUUUCAUAAGAAAAUAUUUCUAGCAAUAAAUACUUUGGACAGUAUUUAAAAGUGCCAUUCAUGUAAAAUGUUUUUAACACAAUUAAAAUUUAUUUCAUAAAAAAUAAAUAGAAUAAAUAAUAUUCUUGUUGAUCAGUAUUUUAAAGAUCUGUAUAAUUUAUAAAAUUGUAGAUUUAUGUUAAGUAAUCUAACCGAAUCUUAUUCAAAAGAUUUAGAACAGUUUAAACCUUCGUAUUUUCCAACAUAAUGAAUUCAUCACGAGUUUUAUGUACUCGAGCUACCUUUUCGUUUACCUAAAAUAUCCCCGUCCCGAGUUGGCGCAUCUUCAUCUCAACGGAUUAAAAAUCAAAUUGUAGCGCACCUAUUUUGAUAAAUGUUUGAGCCUUUGCAAUAGCAGUACUGUCUUCGACAUUAAACUGAAAGCAAUUUCUUAAUCGCUCCUAAAUAUUCAGCAUUAAAGAUUGCCACUUCUAACCAAGUCAACACUGGUUCGGGAGGUGGAGGUACAUUCGGCAAUUCUUCCCUGUAGAAAUGAAUCCGUAAAGAACUUUUGAAAAAUACAUUUUUUAUGCUGCUGUUCAGUACAUUUACAUAAAAAAAUUCACAUCUAAUAUGUUCAAUUACUCUGUUGCGUUCAAGAGACCCACCUUGACUACAUGGAAAAUUCUACCUGGUUAAGCCAGAAAUCGCAUUGAGAAAAUUUCGAAACAAUGACAACACUACUAAAUAUGCAUGCAAUAUGCAUUUAGCAUAGAAUCCGUUCCCCAGUAAUUACAUUGAAUGUCACUUUGGAACUACCACCUUUCUCGGGUGUUCAGGAUAAGUACUAAACAUAUACAAGUACCUAAAAUCGUACUAUUUUCAUCCAGAGUAAUCAGCUGGCAAUAAACUGUGGUACAAAACUCGAAAUAUCUUUAAAAUAAGACUAUAUAUUUACAUUGAAGUUAAAAAGAAUACAUUAGUUCUUAUAUAUUCCAUCUUAAGGGAAAACUUUUCCACUAUUCUGAACUUAUUCUAUUAGUUUCCAAAAUAGAGACAACACUUUUUUAUUUGUAUGCUAUAGUUUGGUAGAUAUACGAAAAACUAUCAUAUAUUUAGUUGAGAACCGAAUACCUGCUCUAAGUUUUACAUUUUACUCCAGAAAUCUACAUUAUUUUAGUCCUAAUUAUUAUUUCAGUAAGUGAAAUAUUUACAAAAAAUAGUCGAAAUAUCCUUGUUUGUAAAAGUGUUUCAAAUUAUUAUAAAAGUUCUGUUAUUUCAUGUGUACUUCCAAGUUAGAUGUAUUCUUUGAUAUAAGAUUUUGUACAAGUUAAUAGAAAGCCUCGUUGUUGUAUCUUUCUAAAUUGUUUCUUUCAAGACCUCACUUGUAAUAUAAAAAAUUGAUUCGAGUAAUCCAAAGUGAGAUACACAAAAAUGUUAUCAAUUCAAUUAAUUCCCAUAUUUUUCGCUAGUUUAUAUCCUUAAUUUUGUCUGAUUUGUCUAUAGGUAGAAAAAUUUCAUUUCAAUCGAUGUUCCAGAUUGCUCGCAUUCGAUUUCUAUUCUUAGUUUCCACUUUACGCAUUGUCGCGAUCCGAUGUAAUUCGGAUACGGCAUACCAAAAAGGCGUUCAAAGAAAAUGAUUCCAUGAUAGGAAAAGAUUUAGUUUCUAAGGUUUUCAGACGCCCCGCUUCGAAUUGGAAAUUCAAUAUGUGUGAUAUAUACGCCUCGGAAGUGUUUCCUUAUGAGACAUAUAAUACCAUCCCCAAGGAGUGGUUUUGUCUUUUUUAUGAAUAAAACUGUCGUUUAUAUUACAAACAAAACAUAUAUGAAUAUACUACCUUUUUGAUUUUAGAAAAACAUAGAUUUCAGUUGGUAAUUAAUAAUUCUAGGGAAGCACUAGCCAGCUUAUCAAUACUCUUCCAGAAAUGUCGAGACAUGAGGAAAUAUUUCUAUGCCUGUGUCAUAGAUUAAAAGAAAGCUUUCGAUCGAGUUAAUCAUACCAUCCUUCUGACAUUACUACAGAAAAAAGGUUUGGACAAACAAGACAUCGAGUUUAUUAGAAAUAUUUAUUGGAACCAAGAAGCAACGGUUAGAUAUGGACAAACGACAUCAGAACUGGUGUGUAUAGAAAAGGGUGUACGACAAGGUUGUGUUUUGUCACGUACAUAUUGAACCAAGCAAUAGGCGAUGACGAGGAUGGAAUAAAAAUUAACGGCAGGACAUUAAGCAACAUACGUUAUGCGGAUGACACGGUUAUCAUUGUAGACAAGAAACCCUUCAACACCUAAUCAACAACCUUUUAUGUAACGCAACCUUGAAUUUAAACUUAAGCAGAAACAUGGAAAUUAAAAGUGGAUACCAUGACCUGAUUCGAGGCUUUUGAAAUAUGGAUCUACCGUAAGACUACUAAAAAAUCAUGGACUCAAGAUAUACCUAACGAAGUGCUUAGACGUAUGGGAAAGGAAAGAGAGUUACUUACAACAAUAAAGAGAAGAAAGACCGCUUAUCUGGUCCACAUAUACCGUAAAAACAAGUAUGACAUACUGAAAUAAAUAAUAGGAGGAAAAAUCGUAGGAAAAUGUAGUCGCAAACAACAUUCAUGGUUAAAAACCAUACGCGAUUAGCCUGGUAUGAACACAUCAUCAUUAAUUCACACGCAGAUGGCACCUGAAGAAGAGAAGAAUCAGUCGAUAUUACGAUAUUUUGGCGACUAAACUGACUGUAUAUUUCAAAGACUUAUCUCACAUACUUAAACAAGCAAAUUUAGGUAUAUAUACAGAGUUUUUCCAAUUUUUUGCGACCUUCAAAAUGAUUCAAACCUAAGUAAACAAAAUUUAUACAUGAACAAGCCUGUUAAUAUCUGGAAUACUUCCAGUUUUAUCACGUCUCUUUUCACUUAACUAAAGAAUAGCUUCUUAUUCAGAAUCCGAUUAUGCUAUUCUCAGUUUGUCCCGAGUCAAAACUGUCUGUAAAAAAAGUGUAUAUAAAAACUUCCUCAACAUUUCAAAGGACCUUCCAACAGUAUCAGGACAUCUUCAUCCGUGAAUAGUGGGAGAAUAGAAAUUUAUCAUCUAGAGAUAAUGUUCGUCUAUACUAAAAAUAUAAUCGAUGAAAAUACUUAUUUUCCAAAAAUCAAUGUCCUUACACGGGGAUGUCAAAACUGAACAUUUACCAAAGAGAACGUCGAUAAAAGGAUCAUAUUCAUGAAAAACAAAUGUAAAACAAGAAAGUGGUUAAGUGAAAGAGGAAAUAUCCUUAAACAAAAAACUAACGAAAGAAAAACACAUUAAUAGAGUGGAGACCGUGGAUGUACAAAAUGAAGUGGAGGAAACCAUAGAUAUCUUGAAGAGAAUUUGAAGAUCGCUGAACCAAAAUUCUGCCAAAUAGAGAAUCGUGAAGAAUGAAAAGGAAGUUCUGUAUUCCAAAACGGAUUUUUAUAUGAAAAAACAACUUGGGUUAUUUGGAGACUACUAAAACUUUUCUCCGUUCAAAUACGUUUUCCACUGAAAUUUUUUAAAAACAAAAUGUGAACCGUAUUAGUCCAGCAAAUAACGUCCCGAACAUAACAUAGAAAUAUGAAAAUUUUUAGUUUUCCUUGUUGUUUUUCAAAUUUAAAGCUGUAGUUAGUUCUAUAAAUUUACAAUAUCAGUUUCUGAUAUUUAGUAGUACUACAGUUUACUUGUGUGAGUGUGAAUGUCACAGUUAUUUAAAUACCAGUAAUGUCAAUUUUUGGUUGUACUACCUCGUUUAAGCUCUGCCAACCAAUAUUUCACUAUUGUGAACGACGGAGCAGUUAUUAGAAAAAUCCAAUGCAUAUGUUUUUAUGCUCAAUCAGAAGUAUUGUAUCAUACAGAAUUAUCUAAAUUUGAUAUCUUGUGAUUCAAAUCAAUUUUGUACUUAAUAUUGGAAUAUAGGAAUACACUAUUUAAUUGAUACCACAUUGGGAUUGAUUGGUCAGGCUGUAAACAUCAAUAAUUUUUUAACAACAUGCCUUUAAGUAAGAUACAGUGUUAAUAGUCAGGCUCCGACAUAAACAAUAAUUGUAACAUGUCAUUAGGCCUGUUAUGUUCUUCCUCCCAUAUUUUAAUAUUCCUUAGUUCACUUAUUGUGGUACAGUAGUCACUUCAGACUUAUUUAUUCUAACUUCCUACUCCAUUCGAAGAAUUUAUUAAAACCUCAGUGUCGUUGCUAAAACGUCCUAUAACUACAUUUACCACAAAGUUUACUAUAUUUACUCUGAUUUAUUUAAUUUUAUAUGUCUUUUUCUCUUCAAUUAUCGAUAGUAAAUAGAGGAUGUUUUAGCAACGACUCUGGGGUUUUAUUGAAUUCUUUGAAUAGAGUGAGAGGUCGAUAACAAAAUAAUAAUAAAUAAGGAAUAUUUAAGUAUUUGAAGAACACAACAGGGUUAUUUUGAUAUGUUUCGUAAUAAUCUGUAAUAUUUAGUUAAUAAUUAUUGAAAAAAUGUUUUAAUUAGUACUUUGACGUUAUGUAAAACGUAAUUAUGUAAGGUAGAAAUAAGUAUUUUCUAAAAUAAUUGCCCAAUUGGUAGCUCAAAUAUAUCAUAUUCGAUAAAUGUUUAUCUCAAAUAGUUUUUCAAUGUUAUUAAUUAGAAUAAUAGAAUAUAGAAUAAUUGUGACUUCAAACACUCACUUACUCAAAAUACAGUCUAAUGAAGUUUAAAGUUCAGUAAAAUUGAACAUUUUGGUGAAAAUUGGUAUUAUUUUUCAAUUAUAUAUUAUCUUAGAGCGUACCUAUGUACUUAAUAAUUAUAAUAGAAUAUAUAACUUUCAAUAAUAAAUAACAUAACCUUGAAACAAUUAGAAAUUUACAAAUCGUAGUUUCUACAUUAAGAACGUGUUAUUGACAAAUUUUUCUGCUGUUACAUACAUCAAAAUCAAUUUUAAAAAAUGUAUAGCAGUUACUUAGUGUCCAGGCAAAACACAGUAUUUAUGAUAAAGAAAUUUUGAAGAAAAAUUAGCGAUUCAAUUGGACUCACAAUUACGUUAAUAUUAAUCAAGAAUUUAUUUCCAUACAUUACAUUCCAUUGUUUAAUAUUUAGGUAAUUUCAUUGGGAAAAAGCAUAACUUAACAUGUAGAUUAUCGUGACAUAUCUUUGGAUAACAUUCGAAAAGUUUUUCAUACAUUUAUUAGUAUUAUUUGUAGAAAAAAUCUGACAGCAAAUAAGACUAAGUUUUCCAACAGAAUUAUGAUCAAUCGAUUAGUUUAUACUUACAUUACAUGUCUAAAACUAUUCAUUAUAAAAAAUACUGAUCCUAUCAAGAAGAAAAAUGAAGCCAACAUUUUGGAUUCCUUUAAACUUGGCAGGUAAUUCUGGAAACAAGAAAAAUAUUCAAAACCUGGUUUUUGGACCCAAUUUUUAUAUUCGGAGUAGUAGAUUCAGUCAUUUGUCGAAAUAGUCAUCACAAAUUACCUUUUUCAUUAUCAGAAUAAACCUUUUGGUCCCAGUUUUCACAUGCAUAAAACUGGAUCCAAUUUCCGUCGAAAGAAAUUCGAAAUAAUAUUUUUCAAGAAAAAUGAUCUCAUUUUCAAAAUUCAGACCUUUAGAUAUAGUUUUUGUCUAAAUAUUCACAUCACAAAUUACCUUAUUAACACUUGGACUCAGUUUUAAGAAUCACAACUCUGGAUCGAGUCUUCCAUCACCUUUAUCAACAUCAGAACAAGCCUCAUGAUCCCAUUUAUUUAAAUUUAGACCACUGAAUCCAAUCAUUGUCAAAAUAUUAACCACAAACUACUUUAAUUAACACUUAAAAGUCUUUUGGAUCCAAUGAUGACAAUCUUCGUCGUAUAUUUUUUAGAAAUGACAUAUAAUAGGAUUUUCAAAUUGAAUGAAAAUUACUGUAUUUUGUACUUGUUCUUGAAACAAUUCUAGGUUCAGUAGCAAUGAAGAAAUUCUUAUAGAUUAUAGCUUAUUUUAUAUAAAUUAUAUUCCAGACAAAAAUAUUUGAAUCUGAUAAUGAUCCACCACCUGUGGUAGGAUUUAUUUGUUAAUUAGAAUCUAAAUUGGGAAGUUUAGGGUUUAUAAGAAUCAUUUAACGUUCCCAGAUGUACCUGCAACUUUUUUUGAAAUAUUAAUUUCAUUUUUAUCAAUUCUUUCUUUGUUAAACUUGAGUGUAUUUUUCUAACAUCAUCAAUAUUCUAGUCAUAAAUAUAUAAUUUUAUUAUUUGAAAAAAAAUCUAUUAAAUGAAUGAAUAAAACCUUUUUCUUAGUAAAAACAUAUAGAUCAAGUUUCUCUCAUAUUUUAUUCAAUAAUAUAGCGAGUCCUGGAGAAAACAUGAAAAUGAAUUUCAUUUAAUUGAAUUUAAUAAGAAUGUCAUUCUGUAAUCCCUGAGAGAAUAUAACUUUCGAAUGUAUGGGAAUCAAAUUCCCAAAACCACUAUUCACAGAUAGUGCUCUAUUUGUUAAAUUCGAUAAAUAUUAAAUUAAAGUAUAUUGGCUAUAAAAGCAAAUAUAAUUACAAGCCGCUUGACAAGAUGCGAUACAACGUGCAAUGCAAUGCAAGAUGUUUCAUGUAAGAUCUUGAUAUUAUCGGUUUUGUAUAGUUUUUAAUGCACGUAAGCUGCAAUCUAGUUACUUUUGGCAUAACAGAUUCGUUAUUUUCAUUGUUAAACUAUCUAUAAAAUAUUAGUAAAAAUUUGUUUACUUUAACUGUUUAAAGAGACUUGCAUGCAACUUCUUGCACGUUGUAUUGCAUUAUGUUUUAACGUUCUAAUCGUAGUUAGGCAUCUUCCCAAUGAAAAUUGAUAUUAUUUAAAUCUAUUAUAGUGAUAGUUAGCUUAGUUUCCAGUUAUUCUCUUCUAUUAUAUAGAAAUAAUAAUAUUUGAUAAUAGUGAUUCCUUUAUAGUUUGGAAGGAUGUUAACAUAUUUCAGAUUUUAGUUGUUUCUUAUAUAAUUAUUAACAUAACCAUCUUCUUCUACUGUAAUUUGACAAUGCAAGUGUUUUCUCAGUUCAGUUACGAAUAUUAUUAUUAUUAAUAUCCAAUGAAAGUUGUAGCACUUUCAUUUUUUUUAUUAUAUAUUAGAGUAUUGCAAUAUAUGCUUUAGGCUUAAGUUAUGUGAUAUAUCUAUUCACUAUUUAUGAGCUAUAUAUACUAUUUAGAAAUAUUGUUAGUCUUAAUUUAUCUACUUAGAGACUAUAGCCCUUAUCGUGACGUCCACUAGCUAUUAAUUUUUAUCUUAAUAUUAUUAACAAGUACUUUUAAUCCAAUAUUUCGUAUCAUUGUUUUAACUAAUAUUUUUAUGUUGAUUUUUUGUGUUUAAAUAAACUUUGUUAUACUCAA